CUUGUCAACUUUGAACAAUGCUGCAAAAAUAUUUAUUCAAAGUGAUUUUAAUGCUGGCAUUCAAAGAAUUAUGGGCUGCCGCACAGACUCCAGAGACCGAGAAAGAUGCAGUCAAUGCUUGUGGCCUUAAGAGCGAUAAUGAUGCAGACAAUGCCUGUGGCAGCUACUGCCUUAGGGUCUUGAAGCCCAUGCUGGAGCAUAUUAAUCUAAUGGAUCAGGGCUGUCGGAUCUGUAACAUAACUCAGCAGUCAGUUACACAGGAGCGACUCCUGGCAGUUGAGCAGCAGUUGCAGCAAGAAAGAGACAAGGUAAAUGACUUUGAGCACAAGAUGGCUGUCACCAAAGAGGAGUUGGCGAAACAAAAGAAGAUUAUGGAGCAGGUGGAAUGCAGUACGCCGUUCCAAAAACUUGGCAACAAGUAUUAUUACAUUGAAGAAAGUGAGCAAAUGAAUUGGUUCGCCGCAGCGCACAGAUGCCAUGAGCUUGGGUCCCAUUUGGUUAAACUGGAGAGCCUCGAUGAGUUAAACCUUGUGAGCGCCAAGCUCAAGAGUUCAAACGUCUACUGGGUGGAUAUGAACGAUUUGAGCAAGGAGGGUGAAUUUAUAUCGCUGGCAAAGGGAGUGAAACCGAAGUUCCAAGACUGGCAUUAUUAUGAACCAAACAAUAUGAAUAACGGAGAGCAUUGUGUUAGUUUAAAUGACACUCAUAGCAGUGACAGAAAGUUUCAUAUGAACGAUCUGGAUUGUGAAAUUAAAAAUUAUUUUAUAUGCGAGUCCCCUAUGUAUGCAGCAUGUGAAAAUAAUAAAUAAAUAAACUGAGUGAUAAUAAACUAU